CUCGGGUAAACCGGACUGCACCGGCCUUGGCCAUUCAAAGCCAUGAAUCCUGAGUUCCUGUGAACAUUCAGGACCCAAAACUGGUGAAGCACUAAGAAGAAUCUGAAAGUGUUGCCCACUACAUACCAGAAGGUCAUGUUCACUCUGUCGGAGCUGUGGUCUGUUAGCGAGCGUCAGGGCCGCUAUAAACUGCUGAAGCCAUGGUGGGAAGUCUUCAUGGACUACCUGGUGUUACUCAUGCUCAUGGUGUCCGUCCUGGCUGGCACUCUGUUGCUGUCGAAGGAUGGCGUUGUGUGUGUCCCAGUACAUUCCCUUUCCAGCAAUUACAGCUCUAAUUUCGAGAUACCUUCUGAUUCUCCCACAUCUCCAUUCAUAUCAGACACAUCUCCCUCUCAUUCCAUACUGGCUGAGGGUCCAGCCAAAGGCCGUCGGACCAACCUGGACUUCCAGCAGUAUGUCUACAUCAGCCAGGUGUGUUACCACGAAGCUCUACCGUGGUUUUCGCGUUUCUUGCCUUAUGUCACCCUGCUGCAGUCUUUGCUGUUGCUUGCCAGCGGCUGCUUCUGGUUCCACUUUCCUCUGACUUCUGCCCGCAUCGAGCACUUCCUAGCCAUCCUGGGCAAGUGCUGUGAGUCACCAUGGACUUCCAGGGCACUUUCCCGGACUGCCAAACUGGACAGUGCCCACAGCCAGCCGCCAGAAGAGGAGCAGAUGAUGAGGCCCCAGGUGCCACCCGUCCCUGCAUCCAUCACUCGACAGUCCAGCCUGGACUCAGGCACAGACAGCCCCCUACUGGUUAGAGCCGGCAGUAUGUCCACCACCCCUGCUCAGCCUUCACCAUGUCCAUCCACCCUGUCUCGCUGCUCCACACUGUCUUCCCUGUCCAUUCCAGAACCUGCCUCCCUGCUAAAGACAGCUCAGGUCAUUCCAGAGGUUUCUAGGCCCGGGCCAACCCUGGACCGUAGCGAUGGGGAACAGGCCAGGGCACUGUUUGAAAGGGUGCGCAGGUUCCGAUCCCACUGCGAAAGCUCUGAUAUUAUUUACAAGGUGUAUACCACUCAGACAGUAUUCAAGGUGCUGAAGGCCAUCGUGAUUGUGAGCUACACUGCACCUUUACUGGGUUCCAUCACAUUUAGUCACAUGUGUCAGCCCCAUUCUUUCGCCCUGACAGGCUACCAAGUCUUCCAGUGCAGCCACUCACUCUCUUCUGUGCUACGCAAGCUGAUGCAAGCCUACGUUGGCCUGGUAGGCCUUUAUGGCCUGCUGGGCAUCUACACCCUUUACUGGAUCGUCCACAAGUCCCUGAGACAGUACUCCUUCCAGUGUCUACGAGAUGUGGGCUCGAUGCUAGAUGCUCCCGACCUGAGCAAUGACCUAGCCUUCCUGUUGCACAUGACAGACCAGUACGACCCCCUGUUGGCUCAGCGGCUGUCAGUCUUCCUGUCUCCUGUCAGCGAGACUCGACUCAUGGAAGAGAACUUAGAGUGCCGCUGGAAUGCCACCCGACUGCGCUCAAUGAUAACCUCUGACCACCAGGGGCGAUCUCUUCUGCAGCUGGUUGCUGUUCCUCGUCUACCUCCAGCCCUCUUCACCCUGAGCCAGCUGGAAGUGCUAAAGCUGGAAUUGAUUGGGGAUGCCAAGCUAACAGCACAGAUAUCUAAUAUGUCUGCUCUGAGAGAGCUGCACUUGUACCACUGCUCAGCCGCAGUAGAGCCCACUGCUCUUGUAGUCCUUCAAGAACGCCUGGAAUCCCUUCAUCUUACCUUCACCCAGGCUGCAGAGAUCCCAAGCUGGGUAUACUCCCUUCGUGGCCUGCAGGAGCUUCAUCUCACUGGGCGCCUGGCCAGCGAAGGCAGUGUGGGCCGUGGCUGGGCCUUGGGCAGCCUCCGGCACUUACGUCACCUCCGUGUCCUCACCCUGCGUGGGAUGGUGCAGAGAAUCCCAGCGGAGCUGAGUGAGAUAGCUGGCAGCUUGGUGCGUCUGGAGAUCCACAACGAAGGCACCAGACUGUUGGUACUAACGGGACUUAGGCGCUUGGUUGGACUAGGUGAGCUGGAGCUGCAGGGAUGCCAGCUAGAGAGGCUGCCAUCUGCUUUGCUUGCACUAACCAGACUGCGCAGCCUGGACCUGCAGCAAAACUGCCUGCGGACCUUGGAGGAACUGCUUGGACUGCAGCAUCUUCGGCGGCUUUCCUGCCUAAGACUGGCCCAUAAUCGUGUGCUGGCCCUACCUGCAAGUGUUGGAAUGCUUCGCGCUCUGGAGCUCUUGGACUUGUCACACAAUCAGUUGCAGAACCUUCCACCGGCGCUCUUCACACUACAUCGUCUACGGCGCCUCCUGCUGGGAGGAAAUCUGCUUGAGGAGCUGCCAGCUGAUGUGGGAGCACUGACUCUCCUCACUGAGCUGGAUUUGAGUGGGAACAGAAUAGAAAGCCUGCCCAAGGAACUUUUUACAAGCUGUGUGGAACUACGCAUUUUGAAUGUGGCCAACAAUUCUUUAGGAACCUUACAGCCGGGUCUGGGAUGCUUGAGCCACUUAUCUCAGCUGGAUGUGCAUGGGAACAACCUGGAGGAGCUUCCUGUGGAGCUGGGCUGCUGCUCUGGGCUACGUGGUGGCGGAUUGCUGGUGGAAAGCUGGCUACUCCACACCCUACCAGGCCACAUCAGGGAUUUCUUACAGCAGACCCACUCCACAUCUUGUGCCUCAUCCGAGGCUAACUCUCGCCCCGUCUCAGACAGCUUCCCAACUUUCUCUACCGCCCAGUGGAGCUUUCUCUCUGCUGUUGAGUCACGGAUAUAGUCAAUCCUUCACAGAAGCACUUUGAAUGGGCUUUCUGUACGAGGUUGUUGAAACACCACUGAACUGUUUUUCACACUGUGACUUUUAACUUGAUGUUACAAGAAGGAUGUAGUGGUUUCUUAUUAAAGGCUUCCAUGUUAAAUUAGCUACUGCGGAAAUGAAAACUUGAUUUGACAACUUACCACACACUCAAGGUGGUUAAAGUAAAAAAAAAAAAUUACAUGUCAUUGAUGUCUGGCAAAUUUAGGGAAGUGGAGUUUGCCUAAUUUACACGCUGAGACCUCUCCUUUCAUCUCUCCUUUAAUGCAUAGAGGCCCGCUUCAAAACACAGAUUGUCAAGGGAGUCUUUGAAGAAGGUUAGUGUUCAUUUCAAGGGGAAAUCAGUUUAUUUGCAUGAGGUACCUGCCACUGCAGCUGGUUUUGGUGGUAGAAGGACAGACUCAUGGUGUUCAGAUUGCAGUUCUCAGCUGCCCCAGUUAACAACCAGGAGCUGGAUUCACAAACGCUUUCCAAAGAAAAAAUUACAAACACUGUUCAUAAGAAUGUUAUAAAAUGUAAUUCACAAGUUAAUUUUGCUGUUUUUGGAGCAAAACAUUGGAUCUCCAUUUUUGUCAUUUUUCAGUUUUUAUCAUAAUGCCUGUUGUCCUUUACAUUGUUUGUAAUUUUCAUGAUGACUGAAAUUUUCAUGAUGACUAA